AUGGGGUCAACUGCUACAGAAAUUGAAGAAUUGGAAAACACCACUUUUAAGUAUCUCAUAGGAGAACACACUGAAAAAAUGUGGCAACGCCUGAAAGGAAUACUAAGAUGCUUAGUGAAGCAGCUGGAAAAAGGUGAUGUUAACAUCGUAGACUUAAAGAAGAAUAUUGAAUAUGCAGCAUCUGUGUUGGAAGCUGUUUACAUUGAUGAAACAAGAAGACUGCUGGAUACCGAAGAUGAGCUCAGUGACAUUCAGACAGAUUCGGUCCCAUCAGAAGUACGGGACUGGUUGGCAUCCACCUUCACAAGGAAAAUGGGGAUGAUGAAAAAGAAAUCUGAGGAAAAACCAAAAUUUCGAAGCAUUGUGCAUGCUGUUCAAGCUGGAAUUUUUGUGGAAAGGAUGUACAGAAAGUCCUAUCACAUGGUUGGUUUGGUAUAUCCAGAAGCUGUCAUAGUCACAUUAAAGGACGUUGAUAAAUGGUCUUUUGAUGUAUUUGCCUUAAAUGAAGCAAGUGGAGAACACAGUCUGAAGUUUAUGAUUUAUGAACUGUUUACCAGAUAUGAUCUUAUCAAUCGUUUCAAGAUUCCUGUUUCUUGCCUAAUUUCCUUUGCAGAAGGUUUAGAAGUUGGUUACAGCAAGUACAAAAAUCCUUAUCACAAUUUGAUUCAUGCAGCUGAUGUCACUCAAACUGUGCAUUACAUAAUGCUUCAUACAGGUAUCAUGCACUGGCUCACUGAACUGGAAAUUUUAGCAAUGGUCUUUGCCGCUGCCAUUCAUGAUUACGAGCAUACAGGAACCACAAACAACUUUCAUAUUCAGACAAGGUCAGAUGUUGCCCUUUUGUAUAAUGAUCGCUCUGUCCUUGAGAAUCACCAUGUGAGUGCAGCUUAUCGACUUAUGCAAGAAGAAGAAAUGAAUGUUUUGAUAAAUUUAUCCAAAGAUGACUGGAGGGAUCUUCGGAACCUAGUGAUUGAAAUGGUUUUGUCUACAGACAUGUCAGGUCACUUCCAGCAAAUUAAAAAUAUAAGAAGCAGUUUGCAGCAGCCUGAAGGGAUUGACAAAGCCAAAACUAUGUCCCUGAUCCUCCAUGCAGCAGACAUCAGCCACCCAGCCAAAUCCUGGCAACUGCACCACCGCUGGACCAUGGCCUUGAUGGAGGAGUUUUUCCUGCAGGGAGAUAAAGAAGCUGAAUUAGGACUUCCAUUUUCCCCACUUUGUGAUCGGAAGUCAACGAUGGUGGCCCAGUCACAAAUAGGUUUCAUUGAUUUCAUAGUAGAGCCAACAUUUUCUCUUCUGACAGACUCAACAGAGAAAAUUAUUACUCCUCUUAUAGAGGAAGCCUCAAAGACAGACACUUCUUCCUAUGGGGCAAGCAGUCUUCAGUACCUUUCUUGUGUUCACAGCGUUGAUUUGUUUAGACGAUCAAAUAUGAAAGGCACCGUGAACGACGGAACCUAUUCCCCAGACUACUCCCUGACAAGCGUAGACCUACAGAGCUUCAAAAACAACCUGGUGGACAUCAUCCAGCAGAACAAAGAGAGGUGGAAAGAGUUAGCUGCACAAGAUGCCAUUGAAGUUCCUAAUGUGAUGUUAACCUUGGGAUAACCACCUUGCUUGACUUCUGUUCUUUCCCUUUCAUCUCUUUAGACAUACCCUGCCCCAUCUGCUUCUUGCUAUUACCACCUCCUGCCUCUGACACUUGACCCCCUGUUUCAGCCACUGUAGGCCACCAAACCUUCACCAUCCCCCUUUGCUUGAUCUCUCAUUCUCCUUUUCUCCUAAUGCUUCUGAGACCUGAUCGUUAAGCAUCACACCCAAACCAGCUACACAGCAGGACUUUCCCUGCCACAUGCCUACAUCACUCUGUGGUAUAUCUCUGUGCUUUUAUCCCGUAGAUCUCUAUUAGGGUUCUGGACCCAUUGUUUUUUUCUUAUUUGCCAGCAAUCCCUAUCAGUCCCUAACAGUGCUCCUAACAAUUCUACAUCUGCUGCUUAGAGACAAUA